AUGGCACGACUACGAGCUAGUCACGUAAAGAGCGUAGCAAAGAUGUUCCUUGCAAAGAAAAGCUCGAAGCACAUAGCCCAAAGCUCUGUUCCCUUUGGUCUAUGCUCAGUCUGCUCUCAUGCUCUCUCUACACCUAAUUGGUGUCAAACUUGUCAAGCCGCUUAUUUUUCAUCAUUCUUCUCGACCUGGUCAUCAUCAUCACCUGCCCUCAACACUCUCAUCCAAAAAUCACAACUGAAUGCACAACACGAAUAUAAUUAUGUCGAGUGGAUCAAUUAUGACAGAAUCGAGCAAGUUGAACUUUACGAUGAAGGGCAUUUCAGUGUAGUUUAUAAAGGAGUAUGGCUCGAUGGACCAAGAAAAGUAUGGGACGAGAAAAAAGGCUGGACGAGGUCAGGAAGUACUAAAGUUGUCAUGAAGGCACUGAACGACAAUAAUAAAUCGUCAUUCGAUGAGAUAAUGAAAGAGUUCGAUACAAAUAUAAAAUGCUCAUCUCAAGCACGAGGAGUACUGCGUUGCUACGGCAUAACCAAAGAUCCCUCAACCGACAAAUACAUGCUAGUUCUCGAAUGCUGCGCCAACGGUAGCUUGCGUAAAUUCCUUCAAACCUCCUUUUCCACACUCGAAUGGCCCACCCGUCUCUCCAUUCUUCACUCGAUAAUAAGCGGAAUACGCAUCAUACACGACAAAGGAUACGUCCAUCGCGACAUGCACAGUGGAAACGUGUUCAUCAAAGCAAAUCUUACCGCAUUGGUGGGCGAUCUUGGAUUGUGUCGAUCCGCAGACGAACGAUUUACAUCACCAACGAUCAACGGAGUAAUGCCGUACGUUGCUCCCGAAUCUCUAUACGGUUUUGGAUUUAGCAAGGCCUCUGAUAUAUAUGCGUUUGGCAUAUUAAUGUGGGAACUAUCGACCGGUACACAUCCGUUCUCGUAUCGCGAAUAUAACGCUGAAUUGUCACAUGACAUUUGCAGCGGAACACGGCCUCGCAUUCAAGUCGGUACACCCAUUCGAUAUAUGCGAUUGAUGCAGAAAUGUUGGGCCGACGAUCCAGACGUGCGGCCUAGUGCGGAGGAGGUGUGCACGAUUAUUGAACAAUGGUUACAUGAUGAUGGAGCACGAGAAGCAAAGAUGUGUAAAGAAAAGAAAAAGCCGCAUGGCGGGUGGAUGAAUAAGAUUAAAAGGUGUGGAUUUGGUGUUAGAGUAUUUAACGAAGUAUAUGUGAAAUGA